AAUUGUCUGCUAACUUCAGGACCAUUUAAAAAUAAGUUUUUAAUUAUGGCAAAAAAAAUGAUAACAAGUUUGCCUUUGAUGCAAGAUUCUAAAUUUAUUGUAAUUGAUGAAGGUGUAGAAGAAUCGUACGCUGAUAAUUUGAUAGAUGGAUGGAUGCAAAUGUGGAGUACGACAAUUUCAACCCAACAAAUCCAUUUAUUAUUAUUUUUUAAUACUAAGUCACAUUACAAUUAUUUAAAAAAAUUAUUUAAAGAUAAUAGACUUCAUAUACAUGAUCACUGUACAGAAGAUUUGGAUAGAAUUUAUGAAAAAAAAGAUUUUAACAUAAAUUGUGACAGAAUUUUUAAAUCUGGUAUCGAUGAAAAAUCAAUUGUUGUUAUUAAUUGUUUAAGUUCGCUCAUAGUUAAUAUAGGAUUAGCCAAAGCACUGAGAUUCGUUGAUAAAUUAUCGCAACGCGUAUCACAAUUAAUUUGCGUGUACAGACGAGACUUUGGAACAAGAAAAAUUCCAAAAAUCGAAACACUGGGAACUACUUACAUUAGAUUGGGUAAAUCUAGUGAGACUGUAAUGAAUAAUGAGAUCGCUUAUGAAGUAGCGAUGGUUCACUGCAAGCGAGGUGGUGGUAUUUUGAAAAAACACGUGGUUAUUACUCAGGAUCCAGAGAGUUGCGAGAUAAAGUCAGAGAAUCCGGUUGAAUUUAAAGCUCCGGUUGUUAUUUCAAAAGUUGUUGAACCGACGUUAAAACCACAGGCUUCAUUUAGAACGGAUAUGAAUCCCAGAGAAUUAGAGCAACGUAAUCAAACACCUUUACCUUAUAUGCAAGUUAUUAAAGAUGCUACAAGUGAAUCACAGAUCUACUAUGUACCUGACAAAAAUGAUGACUUUGAUGAAGAGGAUCCUGAUGAUGAUUUACCAUUUUAAAUUUAUUUUAACCCAAAGUCUUUUACUGACGUGUAUUUAUUCAAACUUUUUUUUUUUUUAAAUAAAUCUUUACAUCUUUUUUAUUAAACAUUACAUAUAUUUGUUCUUAAAAUAAAUUUGAAAUAUUAUUCAUCGUCAUAAAAGCAUUUAUGAAAUAGCUGAUAAAGUUUAUUAAAAUAAAAUAUUUACUAAAUUUACCAUAACGUCAAGGAGAUAAAAAAAUUUAUUACGGAUACAAAAUAAAAAUUGUUUAAAUACUUUUUAUUAUUUUUAUGAGAAUAAAUAUAAACUGUCUGUUAUGUAGCAAAUAUUGUCUAGUGUUUAACACAGCCUUCAUAUUAUCAAGUGGUAAUUUCAACCAACAACAAUACUUUCUAUUAUUAUUUAAAAGGGUGCGUCAAUUAAAUUAUAAUUGUGCUCGAUUAUUACAGUAUAUGUAUAGUAAUAAUAAUAAUUAUUAUUAUUUAUGUAUUUAC